AUGAUUCUUGGAACGACUGUUAGUAAUCCAGUGAUUGACUUGACCGAUUGUAAAAUGACACAUACUGAAGCUGUUGCACAAGUCAUAUUGAUGGGUGUACAAAUGCCUUCAGACAGUGAAUGUGGUGGUGAAACUACAAUAGCGUGCGUGUCACUCGAACAAAUCAAUUGUGACUCAAUUGGCUGUUUGAGGCAACUCAAGAUGAACUCACAAUGUGAUAUUACCAUUACGGCUGGCACGGAAACAAAUGAUGAAGAUGGCUACAAAAUCGGCAUCGCACUUGAUAGUUGUAUUGAUACUUAUAUCAGUAACACUUUCCAAAAUGUUGAGGAACCCACCGGUGGAACGACACAAUAUGUGGCAACAAAUGGAAAUACUUUUACCAAGGAAACUGACCAUUGGAGUAUCAGAUUCACAAACUAUUGUUGA